CGAUCAGAUUGAAACUUAGUUAUUCAAAAUUAUUUAUGUAGCUCGCUCGUUAUGAGCGAACCCAUCUCGAGCCGUGGGCUACGGUUCCUUUACAACAGUGUUCUCUUGACAACAUCCUGUUUGGCAGCCCUCAAUCUGGGCCUGGAGAAGCAGCCCUUCGCCAUGGGCGCCUGUGCGGUGGGCGGAGUCGCUGCUGUGGUGGGCCUACUGCGAGUCGCUUUUGGCCCUGCAGGUGGAAGUGCGAGCCAGCGGCAGCGGGGAAGCGAGCCUGAACUGCUCAUGGUGAAAAAUGUUACCCAAGGCAUGUUGGAGCUCGUGCCCCUGCCACUGGUGAACAUGGAGCUGUAUGCGCAUUCGCUUGGCGUGGGCCCAGUUGUCUUGGCGCAUGGCAUUUUCGUGGUGCCUCUGCUGCUCGAUUUGUAUUGUUCGAUGGUGAAUCAUCGCAAGGAUUGUGAGUGGACUGAGUCGGCACGAAAUCUCUCCAUGCUGGGAAAUAUCGUAUCACUCGGGUUUCUAUCUGUCAGGGAGAAAAACUUCAUUUACAUGCGCAUGACCUUGACCAUGCUUGUGAUCAGGUUUUAUCCGGUGAUCAUGGAUACCACGAAUGAGGAAACGGGCGAAGAUUUGAUUGUCUGCGGCACAGCUUUCUUCUUCUAUAUGUUCGGCAAGGUGGCUCAGCAAUGGGCGGAAGAAUAAAAUUGAUCUUCAAUCAUCAGCAAGCCACAUUGAUUUCACACUAUUCCCAAUUUCCCAGAGUCGGAAAUGUAUGUUGCUCAAUGGCUGUAGGCUGCUCUUCCUGGAUUCCACCUCAUACUUGGCAAUUUGGCUCAAAUUUUGGAGAGCGAAUACCUUUCCAUAUACCAAUUAAAUUCUAUCAAUCAGUCUAUGACUUGCAC